CAGCCUGGAGAUCAUGAAGAUGCUGCUGAAGUGUGACGCGCGCAUGGAGCGGGACGGCUACGGCAUGACACCGCUGCUGGCCGCCAGCGUCACCGGACACACCAACAUCGUGGAGUUCCUGGUGCACCAGCCGCGCGCCAGCCGGGAGCAGCGCAUCCACGCCCUGGAGCUGCUCGGCGCCACCUUUGUGGACAAGAAGCGGGACCUGCUGGGCGCCAUGCGCUACUGGCGGCGGGCGAUGGAGCUGCGGUGGGCAGGGGGGCAGGCGGGUGCUCUGGAGAAACCAACCGCGGGGCCCGCUGUGCCUGCCUACGACUGCAGCCGCGAGGUGUCGACAGCCGAGGAGCUGGGAGCGCUGAUCACCGACCCCGACGACAUGCGCAUGCAGGCGCUGCUGGUGCGAGAGCGCAUUCUGGGCCCCGCCCACCCCGACACCUCCUACUACAUCCGCUACCGCGGCGCUGUCUACGCCGACUCGGGGAACUUCGAGCGCUGCAUCCGGCUGUGGAAGUACGCGCUGGACAUGCAGCAGAGCAACCUGGAGCCGCUGAGCCCCAUGACCGCCAGCAGCUUCCUGUCCUUCGCAGAGCUCUUCUCCUUCGUGCUGCAGGACCGCGCUAAAGGCACGCUAGCGGCGCGCGUCUCCUUCCAGGACCUGAUGGGGGUGCUGAGCAAGAGCGUGCGGGAGGUGGAGCGGGCGGUGGCGCAGCGGGAGAGGCCCCCGGAGCCGCCGCAGUUCUCCAAGGCGCUGUCCAUCAUCCUGCACCUGCUGUUCCUGCUGCAGAAGCUGCGCUGCGGCCCGGAGCAGGAGCACCUGAAGCGCCAGACCGUCUACCGGCUGCUGAAGCUGAACCCGCGGGCGAGGGGCGGGCACACCCCACUGCACAUGGCCGUGGACCGCGACACCACAUCGGUGGGCCGCUACCCUGUGGGCCGCUUCCCGUCUCUGGCCGUGGCGAGUCUGCUGCUGGAGUGCGGCGCUGACGUGGACUCGCGCGACUACGACAACAACACACCGCUGCACAUAGCGGCCGCUAACGGCUGCCCGGACAUCAUGGCGGCGCUGAUCCGGGCCGGCGCACACUUCGACGCCACCAACGCGGCGCAGCAGACGGCGUACCAGCUACUGGAGGCGCAGAGCAGCGGCAGACACGCGCUACACCCGCUCAACCACACCACGCUACAGUGCCUAGCGGCCCGCGCCGUCACCGCGCACAGACUGCCCUAUAAAGGGCUGAUCUCAGAACAGAUGGAGGCCUUCAUCGAGCUGCACUGACCACACACACAUACACUGACAA